GGUCCACGUGGGAAUAUUUCAUCCUAACACGUGUCCCCUUGCUGCUUGUCUCCACUGAAGAACCCUCCCUGUCCACACACAAAAAAAACACACACGGCAACAUGAAUUCUGCAGCAGUUCGGGACACCUAGAAGUCUUUACCAUGGAUUGUCAUAGGAUAGGCACUGCAAGCUGUUGUCUUGACAGCCAUGGUUGGUUUCCAAGGCAUUCAAAAAAGUUUAAUUUGGAGAAUAUCCACAGACUUCCGUGUAAUAUGGCAGCGUGGAGUUCGAGGACGAGAUGUCAAAGGUUAAGUUACCCAAAUCAAGCUUCUGUUGGAAAGAAUUCGGUGCGUUGUGUGUCUUGGAGAACAUUUUCCUCAUCUUCAAGUCUCGAGGAGGAAUUAUCAUCGUCAGUAGAAGAUUUCUCAAGUGAUGAUGAGUAUACCGCUGAGGCUGUCUCUGAGGAGCUUCUAGAACGACCUUUGAAAAAUGACGUGUUGAAGGCACUGCUUGCUGACUCUGAAAGAGCGAAGCUUAUCAAGAAACUGAGUGAAGCCAAUCAACAGAACCGAUUCCUCAAGAGACAGUUGAAUGUGAAGGAGGAUGCAUUGGUUAAUUUCAAGAGUGAACUUGCUGUCAUCGAACUAGAGGUUCAGUCUUUGGUCACAUUGGCGGAGGAAAUUGCUAAAUAUGGAAUUCCAGAAGGUUCAAGAAGGAUUAAUGGGAAAUACAUCCAGUCUCACCUUCUUUCACGGUUGGAAGCUGUACAUAAAAAAAUGAAGGAACAUAUAAAGGAUGUAGAUGCUGCACAAUCGAAGGAGGUGCCCAUAUUCUGGUAUGGUAUGGAUGAGAGCGUGCAAGUAAUGGGCAGCUUUGAUGGCUGGAGUCAAGGAGAGCACUUAUCACCAGAGUAUACUGGUUCUUACACAAAGUUCUCUACAACAUUAAUGCUUAGACCUGGACGGUAUGAAAUCAAGUUCUUGGUCGAUGGAGAGUGGAAGCUAUCACCAGAAUUUCCUACUGUGGGCGAAGGAUUAAUGCUAAACAACUUGUUGAUUGUAGAAUAGCUUCAGAAUCACUGGUCAGGUCAUGUCUAUUGUGUAGAGCAAUUGAUGUUGAGCCUCAGUAUAAAUUAAUUAUUUAUUUCUGUUUUUUGGGUUAAGUGCCUCAGUAUGAAUUUCUAUCUAAAACACAUAUUUCUUUGAUCUUGUUUUGUUGUAUGAUAUAUAAGCAUUAGAAGGUUUUGCAAAACAGAUUACAGUAAAUUGAAAGUAUAGAAUACUGGUUUGCAUUGCA